GAAAAAAAAAGCGACCUUGACCCAGUUGCGAUCACGAGAUUAAUCACACAGACCGUGUUGAUUUAUCACUAGAAAUAUGCUACUAUGAGUCUGGAUUCCAUGCGAUCAGUAGACGAAGAAGUAUCCCCUCUUCUUGCGUCCCCAGUAGAGGAUUUAGAAGGAGAAAAUGCACCUUUUCGAGAUGCCAACAGUAUCAGAGGCAGGGCAUCUGAGACGCAGAUGGGACCUAGUGCAUCUUGGCCACGGUUAACACAAAAUGAAACUAGAUCUCUUAAAACAAUAGGCAGGAAUGACUCAUUUAAAAGGCGGCCAGUGUGCUACCAAGCCAUUACAGGCAAUUCCAGUGUCCAGUCUGGUACUGUUCAGUAUGAUGAAAACACUGUGGCAGCCAUCAACCGAUACAAGUACUAUAGCAGACUGGAUCCCAGUAGGGGCAGUUCUUUGUUGAUGCCUGACCAUGUAGUACCAUCCCAAUUCUUUUACCCUCUUCCUGUCACUCCAACAGGGAAACAGAGCAGUAUAAUUACUAUAUUUUCCAUUUGGAAUACAAUGAUGGGGACCUCUCUGCUCAGCAUGCCCUGGGGUCUGGGAGAGUCUGGAUUUGGCUGUGGUAUAGGAAUCAUAGUGGUGAUGGGCAUCCUGACACUGUACACCUCUUACAGAGUGAUGAAGUCUGUGGGAUAUAUACAAACAAAAGGAGAAAUCCUUGAGUUUUCUGACGUGUGUAAAAAGUUCCUUGGCAAGUGGGGAGAGUACAGUGCUGUAUUCUUCUCCCUGGCUGCUCUCCUGGGAGCCAUGAUAGUGUACUGGGUCCUCAUGUCCAAUUUCCUGUACAACACUGUUAGGUUUAUAUUUGGUUUAUCUCAUCCUCUGUCAAACCAUACCUCAGCUCCAUCUAUUGAUGGUACUACGUUAUGUGCCACACCAUAUCACGGUCACAUCAGCAAUAGCACCACAUAUCACCUGUCACAAAAUGGACUCCUGCUGAGCACAGGCUUGCAGUCAGAAACUGAUACUUUCAAUGAAGUCUGGGACCAGAGGAAGACUGUGCCUUUCUUUUUGAUAAUCCUUCUAUUUCCAUUGGUCAACUUCAAGUCACCUACAUUCUUUACAAAAUUCAAUGCAUUAGGAACAAUUUCAGUGUUGUACCUGCUCGUAUUUGUAACAUACAAAGUAUCUCAGUGGGGAUUUCAUCUGAACUUUGACCCACCCCCUGCAAUGAAGGACUUUCUUGUGCCACAAUUUUUACCUUCAUUUCCAAACUUGACAGGAAUUUUAGCCUUAGCAUUUUUUAUACACAACUGCGUCCUUACAAUAUUAAGAAAUCAGAAAAAUCCAGAAAAUAAUUCCAGAGAUCUCAGUAUUGCAUACUUCUGUGUGGGUGUCACAUAUCUACUAGUAGGUGUAUUAUUUUAUGCUGGCUUCCCCUUGCCAAAGAAGUGUAUAGCAGAUAACUUACUGGACAAUUUUGGCCACAAUGAUAUUCUAGCAUUUGCUGCCAGAAUAUUUCUACUUUUCCAAAUGACCACAGUAUUUCCUCUCAUCACAUAUAUGAUAAGGCUGCAAUUCAUGCAUGCUGUGUUUGGAAACAUUUAUCCUAGCCUGAAGCAUGUGAUAAUACUCAAUGUUGUUCUGAUUGCCAUGUGUAUACUCUUUGCUGUAUUUCUGCCUCAGAUAGGAACAAUCAUAAGAUUUGCUGGCGCUUUUUGUGGUGUUUCGCUCAUUUUUGCACUGCCAUGUUUGAUAUACAUGCUCAAGUUGAAACAAGAUGGCAGACUCACCUGGCCUAUGAUAGCCAUACACAGCUUCAUCAUCUUUCUUGGAGUGGCGAACUUUGUCGGUCAAUUUUUGACAUUGAGUCACUAGACAUUAUGAUAAGAAACUGUUCUAGGAAGAAAUUGUUUCAACACUCUUCAGAGAAAUCCAGAUAAACGUAUAAGCUUUUACAUGAAAAAAAAAAUGCAAUUGUUGUUUGUGUUUGGUCUGUUGUAUGAUGAAAAAAAAUAUUUGAUCUUGUUUGUAUAUGGGGCCACAAUUAAUGUGAUACAGUGAACUUUCUCAAAAGAUUCAUGUGUAUGAACCUAAAAACUACUUUAUAUUUGUGAUAAUUUGAACACCUUAUUCAGCAUUGUGUGUAGUAUCAGUAGUAUUAUAAGAUGACUUGUUGGAUCUACUGUACAGCGUGUUUCUAAUACUAUUGUAUAUAGGACUAAGAGGUUUUAUUUUUGGAGAUACAAAAUCUGGUCUGUCUACAGAAAUCAUGUGUAUUGAACUUCAAGGUAAUUAGGUCUAGUUGUGCAUCCUUAUGUCACGACAGUCACAAAACAUUAUUUUAAAGCCUCUCAAAAACUUGUAUCUUGUGCAAUAGAGCUCUCAGACACAAAGAAGUACGCAAAAGAACAUUGCAAUAAAUUUAUUUCAGUAUUC